AUGGAGAACGUGCGACAAGUCCAAACGGUCGUGGAAGCCUUGGUGGAAGACAAUGCGUUGCUCCAAGAAGAGACAAACAAGGCGAGGAAGAGUUUGACAAUUCAGCUAGGUGACAAUGUGGCGCUGCGGGUCGAAAAGGAAGCCGCCAAGGAAGCGCUUUCCAAAAGCAAGCAGAAGCGGAAAAAGCUGGCGGACAAGUUGCUUCAGAAGGAAACCAAGAUGCGACAGGAAAAGCUGUGGGCACUUCGAUUAGAAGACAGACUGGGAGAAAUGGAAACAGAGCUGGAUAUGUAUCGCGGUAGAGCAAGAAUUCUGGGAGAGAGAUUAGAAAAGAAGCAAAAGGCACUGGAAGACAAGGAGACAGCACUGGAAUCAGAACAACUCAAAACGAGAUCAUUGGAGGAACAACUAGAAGCAAUGAGCUUGGAGCUCCAACAAGAGAAAGAGUCCGCUCAAGCACGGCUCGACCAGAAAGAGGAAGAACUGCAAAAGGAAAGGGCGUGGAAUCAGGCUCUCCAAAGAAAACUACAAGAACUCAGAAACUGGGCUCGAAAUAGUCCACUCGGAGACCUACUCGAGAUGGGACGCUCCAGUGUGGGGUCGACCAACAUUAUGAACACUGUGCAACAGUGA